AUGGCUUAUAUAAACGCCAUUGGAUGUAGUGAAGGUCUCUCAAAUUCUAGACCUCCUCUAUUUGAUGGUACAAACUUUGCUACUUGGAAAACGAGAUUUAGAAUAUAUGCAAGAUCUCAAGGAGUCAAAGUUUGGAUGGCCAUAGAAGAUGGUACUAUUAUUCCGACUAAAAUUGUCGACGAUGUUACUAUCGAAAAGAAAGUAAGUGAGUAUACUCAUGAAAAAGAAGAUAGAAUGAAUAUCGCCGCUAAAGCGGAAAUGGUUCUCACAAGUGCACUUGCAGAAAAAGAAUAUAAACGAGUAAACAACUGCAAGUCGGCACAAGAAAUGUGGAACAAAUUAGUGGUAACCUAUGAAGGUACUACGGAUAUAAAAGAUUCUCGAAUGGAUACUUUGAUCCAAGAAUACGAGAACUUUAAACUCCAAGAUGGAGAAAAUAUCAUCGAUAUGGAAACAAGAUUUACUCGUAUAAUCGAUGAAUUAUCUCAACUCGGGAAGAACUAUACUCAAAAUGAAAAGAAUCGUCGGGUUCUUAAAUCUCUCCCUCCGAGUUGGAAAGUUAAAGUCACUACUAUUAAAGAGAUGCACAAUCUCAAUGACUAUCACAUCGAUAAUCUAUUCGGAAACCUUCGUGCUUACGAGGAAGAUAAUGUUCCGGAUAUUGUAAUUCCCAAGGUGGAAGACAAGAAGAAAAAUAUGGCAUUAAAAUCCAUAUUAAUCGAUGAAGAUGAAAAUGACGAAGAUUUAAACGAGGAAAUUCAAAAUCUUGAUGAAAGCGAAAUUGCUUUACUCACGAGACAACUUCGUCGUGUGCUUCAAAGCAAAGCUCAAAGGUACGGAAAAGGCUUCCUUAAAUCAAAUAAUCAACAAAGAGUCUUUAACUCUAAUGGAAGGCCUAAUUACUCUCAAAAUUAUUCUCCUAACUAUAAGAGUAAUUUUCCUACCAACUCGGGCUAUAAAGGCAAAAAUAAUCAAAGUCCGAAUGGCUAUAAUAAUGCCAACACGAGCAACAAUAAUAUUUACACUCCUCCAAAACCAAAAGAACUAAAUCCGGAGGAAACACAAGAUGUAUGCUUUGAGUGUAAACAACCGGGUCACUAUAAACGAGAAUGUCCUAAACUAUCUAAGGGUCGAAUUCUCGUGGCCGAAAACGGUUGGGAUUUAAGUGAAGAUGAGGAAUCUCCCGAAGCAAGUGAAGAAGUGGUUAAUCUAUGUUUGAUGGCAAUCGAGGAUGCUUCUACAUCAACGGAUAUCUCCACUACUAACCAAGAGGUAAGUUCUUCUUCACCAACUUUAGUUGAUAUUCCUUUUCUUAAACUCUCUAGUUUGAAUUUAUUAAAUAUGGAAAAAGGUGAGUUGAUCAAGCUAUUAGUUGAAGUAAAUACUCGUUAUGAUUAUCUUGAUCAAUUGUUCCUCACUACUUGGUCCGAGAAAGAAAAGCUUGAAGAUAUAUAUCAAACUCAACAAAAAGAGUUUUCUCGGAUAAAGGAAUCAAAAAUUAAACUUGAAGAAGAAAUGGUAAAUCUUCAAGAUUCCUUUAUAAAAUCCAAGGAUGCAAUUACAAAAUUGGAAAUUGAGAACGUUGCCUUGAUAUUAGAAACGGAAGAAAUAAAAGAUGAGAAGCUUCAAUUAAAUGAAAAUAUUCAAAAGCUUCAUGUUGAUCUAUUAAAUUUGAAAAUCCAAAAUGAGUCGCUAACUCAAGAAAGAUCAACUACGAGUUAUCUAAAAGAUAGUCUCGAAACUGAAAUUGCUCAAAUCCUUGAAGAAAAAGAAAAAGAGUUCAAAAUAGAAACUUGCAAAAUCAAGGAUGAACAUUCCAACAUCUUAGCACAAUGCAAAGAUCAAGAAAGAAUCGUAAAUGCUAAGAUUGAUGCCUUAAUCAAUGACAAAAAUGAUCUUGAACGAACGAUUCAACGAUUUACAAAAGGUAAUGAAAUGUUGGAUAGAAUGGUACAUUCUAAAAUAUCCUAUAAUCAUGAAGGAUUGGGAUAUGAUAAAAAUGCUCAAAGAAAGAACAAUGUUCAACCAAAGGAACGAAUCUUUCAAAAGGCUUCUAGUUCACCUAUACUAAAGUGUUCAUAUUGCAAUAAAAAUGGACAUGACGUUCAAAGUUGCAAAUUCAAGAAUGGUGAAUUUAAGGGGAAGCAUAUAUGGGUUCGUAAAGGAACAAAACAAAAUCCCAAGGUUGAAAAAUAUGUACCAUACAAAAAUGUUUCUCAUGAGCUAAGGCAACCAAGAUUUAAUUAUCAUCAAAAGCCUAUACCGUUUCAAUAUAGAAAUACAAGGAACAACAUAUUUCCAAAUGGUCAAUCCUCUAGAAAUUAUCAUGUACCAAGUUAUGAUCUUUAUUCUCAAAAUACAAUGCGUUAUCCAAAUAAUAGAAAUCAUGUGUAUCAAUAUGCAAAUUCUCACAAAUAUGAUUCGAGAGAUACACGGUACUAUGAUAACUCAAGAUAUCAAGGUAGGAACAAUGCACCUAGAAAUGAAUAUGCUACCAGAAAUGUUCGUCCUACUUCAAACCCCUAUCUUUAUUAUGAAGUACUAACCCCAGGACCCUCAAGACAAAAGGGUACCUAUAAAUUUAAUUAA